AUUGUGGCUGUACAUGGCCUCGGAGGCGAUGCGCACCGGACGUGGACCGGCGACAAGGGCAAGCUGUGGCUGCGCGACUUCCUCCCCGCCACACUCGGCAAUGCUCGAGUUUUCACCUACGGCUACGACGCCGUCGUCGCCUUCAGCAAGUCGUCCGCCGAGGUCGACGACUUUGCGCGCGACCUGCUACAGCGCGUCAAGGCGGCGCGCAGCCCAGCCGCCGACCACGGCCGCCCGCUCUUCUUCAUCUGUCACAGCCUCGGCGGCCUCGUCGUGAAGCAGGCUCUCAACAUUGCCCACGGCGACGCUCACAUGGCCACGUGGCUCAAAGGCGUCGUCUUCAUGGGCACUCCGCAUGCCGGCUCCGGCGUCGCCUUCUGGGCCUCUCUCGCAGGCACCCUGCUCAGCACCGCCAGCCUCGGCACCAGCACCAACAAAGACCUGCUGAAGCUUCUCUGCAGCGACUCGGCCUUUCUAGACAACCUGUCGCGCAAAUUCGCCGCUGAGAACCCCCAGCUGCCCAUUCUCAGCUUCUACGAGCUCGAAAAGUUUCCCUUUCUGAACCGCAGGGUACGACUUCAGCCGGGCCCCUCAACCCCUGCAUCUCCAAACCCCUAA